UGCAUGAUCUCAUUCGUGGGUUCAUAACACAUAUAAAAGGUCCUUGACUGAGACACAGCAGCACAGACUGGAUAAGACAAACUUCACAGAGGAUCACUCAGCACAGAGCAGACAUGGGGAUUGUCCAAGAGCUGGUUUCCGGCAAGAAAUGCGAGGGCAAAGAGAAGAGCGAGUUCCACCCGGGGCAGUUUGUCCGGGGGCAGUAUGAGGCGACGAUGAACACGGAGAAGCAGGAUGGCGUCAGAUCCCACUUAAGAGCGACGGCCGUCCCAGAAGGCGCUAAUGAAUUCAAUUUGGACUCUUUAAAAGUUGACAGUGCGGGCCGCUUGAAGCUCGAGACCGUAGAGGACCUUCACAACAUCCUGCUGCUCAAGAAGAGGAAGAGGACGAAGAAGGUGCCAGCGCGUAUCAAAGAUCCAGAGCCAGACUUCAUUCCCGACGUGGUGGAUGAGGUGACAUUCCUCAAAUCGGCUGCCGAAAACAAAUUGCCGGUGAUCGAGAAAUAUCUGGCCGACGGUGGAAACCCCAGCGUCUGCGACCAUUUCAAGCGGACCGCGCUGCACCGGGCAUGCUCCGAGGGCCACGUGGAGAUCGGCAGGAAGCUCCUAGAGGCGGGAGCCUGCAUCGAUGACAUAGAUAAGCUGGAGUGCACCGCUGCCCACUGGGCCUGUCGGGGGGGACAUCUACCCACACUGGAGCUGCUGCUCAGUCAUAACGCCAAGAUCGGAGCCAGGGAUAAGCUACACAGCACCCCUCUGCACGUCGCUGUCAGAACCGGACAUUACGAGUGCGCUGAAUACUUAAUUCAUUGCGGCGCGGACUUCAACGCCAAAGACAGAGAUGGAGACACGCCCCUUCACGAUGCCGUGAGACUGAACAGAUUUAAAAUGAUCGAACUACUUCUGCUCCAUGGAGCCAAGCUGAGCAUUAGGAACUGUGAAGGGAAAACGCCAAUGGAAACUCUUCUGGAAUGGCAAAGCGGAGCUAAAAAUAUUCUUGGCAAUUUUAACAUGUAGACAGACAAUACAGACAAAAGUUCAUACUGGUAAUGGAAUAACCAUUGUAUACAACCCUUUUCAACUGACGUUUCCAAUAUUGUCUCGAGACGGGCUGACUUGGAAAGAAGGCGCAGUUGAUCAUGCGUGCAGAGAAUAUCUUUUUAUUAAUAAACUUAAUUGGUGAUAGUGUUGCAGGGACGUGUGCCAUGAAAAGCUGGCAACAGAAUGCUGGUUUGGGAAACUGGGCUGCUGAAUAUAGAUGAGAUCUAAAUAACAUACUCAUGCUUUGUCCUUCAAGUAACACAAAUAAGGGACUUUAUUUUUAUAGAUCAACUGCUAUCACCAUAGCACUACGUGGAAAUAAUACGUGGGCGUGGUCCUUGAAAAGCAAGACAAAUUUAGGACUGACAACAGGCUGGUGAAAAAUGUAAACAGUAUGUUUACAAGAACCAAACAAAGUGGUUUGUAGAAUGUUCUGAGCAGGGGAAGGCUGUCGUCCAAACUGGAAAGAUUCAGAGAGACGAACAUGGACACAUUUGGGAUUUAAUGCACUUGCUGAAGUCACAGUAAUUUUUUGUACUUAAUGUAAAAUGCUAUGUACAUUUUAUUUGAAUAUUUAGUUUUAAAUAAACAUUUUAACUGAU